CACCCUUAGAGACAUCUGUCUUCCUAUAGCGGCGGUUUCGAGCUCCUCAAAUGGCUUCUUUCUUCGUCCUCUUCUGUCUCUCCUUUGCCCUCGUCGUCCCUUCUUCCCUCUGCGUUGCCCGGCCGGCGACGUGGACGGGAGGAAUAACGGAGGUCCCUCGGAUAGACACCAACGUCGAGGUUCAGGAGCUGGGGAGGUUCUCGGUGGAGGAGCACAACCGGAGGGAGCACGCCCACCUGUCUUUCCAGCGAGUGGUGGAGGCGCAGAGGCAGGUGGUGUCCGGGGUGAAAUACUACCUCAGGAUCGAGGCGGAGGAAGGCGGGGCCCCGAGGCUGUUCAACGCCGCUGUGGUGGUGAAGGCGUGGCUGAGGUCCGUGGAGCUCGUUUCAUUCGAGUCCUCCUCUUAAAAUGGGCGGUCCCAUCUUCUUCUGCUUUUCCUCUUUUUUUCGUUUUUUCUUUUCGGGAAUCAGUGAAGGAUGAGGGAGGAGUUCUAGGUGAGGUAGAGAGAGGAGUAAAUAAUGGAGGUAUGCAGGAGAUUUUGAGGUCAUCCUGCAUAGAAAUAAGUCAUUCAAUCGGGAUCCUUUUCAGGGGUUGAGGUCGUAGGCACCAGUAAAGCCAUGGAAGUCUCGGGACAAAGAUGGAUGGGAGUCCAUGAGUUUCUCGCUUGUAGAUCUCCUUUUCCUUUUAGUUUUUCAUAUGGGAAAGAAGUUUUGACAGCAUCAACCUUGCUUGCUUAGUUUGU